AUGCCAGUUAAUCAAAUCACAAAUCAAGACGAAUUCACAAGACUGACAACCACCGAUGCUGGUGACAAAUUAAUUGUUCUGUAUUUUCAAACCGUUUGGGCCGAACCAUGUAAACAAAUGGGUGAAGUAUAUUCUGCUAUCAGUGACGAACCUUCUAAUAAAGAUAUUUCUUUCUUAUCGAUAGAUGCUGAUAAUAACUCUGAAAUUGCUGAGUUAUUCGAAAUAUCCGCAGUGCCUUAUUUUGUAUUGAUUCAAAAGGGUACCAUUCUAAAAGAAUUAUCAGGUGCUGAUCCCAAGGAGUUCAUUAACUUAUUAGAUGAAUGUAAGAAAUUUAUUGAGAAUAAAGGGACAAAUGCACCAAAGGCUGAAGAGGAAACUGAAGAACCUGAAGGUGAAUCUGAGGAAGAAGUGUUCGCCAGAUUGACUAAAUUGGUUAAUGCUGCCCCUGUCAUGUUAUUUAUGAAGGGGACUCCAUCCGAACCAAAAUGUGGAUUUUCAAGACAAUUAGUGGGUAUCCUAAGAGAACAUCAGGUUAGAUUUGGGUUCUUUGAUAUCUUAAGAGAUGAUGCCAUAAGACAAAGUUUGAAAAAGUUUUCUGAUUGGCCAACUUUCCCACAAUUGUACAUAAACGGUGAAUUCCAAGGUGGUUUGGAUAUAAUUAAGGAAUCUCUUGAAGAUGAUCCUGAAUUUUUCCAACAUACUAUUCAACAAUAA